UUAUCAGCGCCGCUUUUGCCAGACGUCAAAUUACGUGGCUAGGACAACAAGCACUGAAUUAACAACACAAUGAAUUUUAUACAAAGUUUUGUAGUAUUUUUGCUUCUGCAAUGUGUUGCACACAUAAAUGGUUACUUCGUAACAGUGGAUCCACACUCGGAAGAAUGUUUUUUUGACCGAGCGGAAGCAGGAACGAAGCUAGGACUUAUGUUUGAAACGGUGGAAGGUGGUUUCCUCGACAUUGAAGUACGCAUCAGUGGCCCGGACAAAAAAGUCAUAUAUCAAGGCGAAAAGGAAUCUUCCGGAAAGUACACAUUCUCCGCUUAUGAGACCGGAAUCUAUCACUACUGCUUUAGCAACAAAAUGUCUACACUCACACCGAAGGUUGUCAUGUUUUCUAUGGAAAUCGGAGAUGCUCCGAAGGGAACUGUUGGAGCAGUAAACGAAGGAGAAGCCGGUCACACCAAGCUGGAAGAUAUGAUUCGAGAACUCUCCGGCACUCUGACCAGUAUUAAACAUGAGCAAGACUAUAUGCACGUGCGUGACCGUAUCCAUCGAUCAAUUAAUGAAAGUACCAACUCCCGGGUCGUGAUGUGGUCCUUCUUUGAGGCUAUUGUGCUCAUAGUAAUGACUGUCGGGCAAGUGUAUUAUCUCAAGCGAUUCUUUGAAGUGAAGCGAGUGGUUUAAUCGGAAAAAUAUAACUCGAAAUACCAACAAAAA